AACGGGAAACGGUGCUCAAUCUCAACUCUAGCUAGAAGACAAAAUGACAAUCUAGGUUAGGUUGCAAAAAUGUCAAAUAACUCAAUCUUAUAAAAAAUAGCUCAGUUUUUUUACUUUUUGCGUUAAAUGAACGCAUUAAAUUGAAUCAGUGAUUGAAAAUGUGUUUUCUACUCAGAUGGAAGUAAAACAAGACGAUGGGACUGUUCAAAGCAUUGUUUUCGACUAUUUUGGUCUUUCAUUAUCUUCUCAACAUUUGUACAACUCACUUAUUAAUAAAUGUUAAGAAUCAGGGUGGCGACAUUUUAUUGGAAACUAUUUCGUCCAAUGUGACUGAUGAUACAAUAACUUUAGAAUUUCAACGAUCAGAUGGAACUUUAGUCACUCAAUUAAUAGAUUUCCGAAAUGAAGUGCAGGUGAUAAAGGCAUUGGUCCUAGGCGAAGAAGAAAGAGGACAAAAUCAAUUUCAAGUUAUGUGUUUUGUAAAUCAUUUCUACAAAUCAGACUUUAUUUCCUCUGAUGCAAUAUCAAAACUGCGACAGAAAAAUCCCGGAACAAUUCGUGUUGCCGAGGAAGACAAGGGCCACUCUAAUUAUACAAUGAAUUUAUUUCUCGACGUCCUGCAAUCAAAAGUAAUUUCAAAACACGUCGGUAUUCUUUGCGCUGAUGCUCAAGACUCAACCUACACUCGCAACGAAGAUCUCAAGCAAUGGAUUCAAAGACCUGGAACUUCUGAAGUGGCCCUAACAUCCGCAGUGCGGAGUUUCACUUCAACCCGUUCGGACUCGAACGACGUCAAAUCUUAUCUAAUAUCGAAAUGUGCAGACACUUCGAAUCUGUGGGCACCUUGCACCUGUUCCUUGGAACUCUGCAUUGGUUGGUACCCCUGCGGACUCAAGUUUUGCAAAGGCAAAGGCGAAGGUAAAAAAGCGAGUAGCAUGUACCGUUGUGGUAUAAAAACCUGCAAAAAAUGUUUCAUUUUUUCCUACUACUCGAAACUGAAACAAAAUUGCCUCUGGGACGAAUGACACUUACGUGCUUCCUGAAUCCUCAAAUUUAUACAUUUUUAUAACGAUUACUUCGAAUUUUUGCAUUUAAUUAAUGAGAAAAGAAAUUUUCAAAAAGAUGCCUUUGCUGUCGGAAAAUCAGAGCUUUUGGAAAUUUUAAUAUAGGGAUUAAUUCUUGCUCUCUAUUGUCGCCAUCAAAACAAAAAAAUCAUUUCAUCACCAAUUCUUGAUAUUGAUACUUUUUAUACUCCAUACUCUUCAGCGUUGCAUUUAAUGUUGCUCUUUAACGUCCAACAUUCCUAACAUUGCAUUUCUUGAAUAUCAUUCCAAUACUCUCUCAAUAAACUUUUGUUUACUUUCUUUGGAAAAAUUUCCAAUUCUAAGAAAAUAUUUUAAAAUUACUCCUGAAUAUUGCAAGAAGAAUAGGUGUUUUCUUAUCUAAAUGUAUUUUUUCUAUAUCUUAAAUGUUUGUGCCAUUUUCUAUACCCUUUUUUGCUCUCUUCAAAAUAUGAUCAAUUUUUAUUGAAAUUAAUUGACAAUCUCUAGAAUCGAAAGAAAGGGAAAUUUUUAAUCAGUUUUUUGAUAAGAAAAGACUGCCGUUAUUUCUGUCCUGAGGAAAGAGCGAAAUCAUUCCCAUAAUUUUUUUUUCUCGACAAAGCUCUAAUUCCAGGUUUUUUUGUUAUAGAAUAGAAUUAACCAAAAAAAAAAGAAAAAUGCAAACGAGUCAAUACGUGUUAACUAGUUAAGAGUUUAGAAAUAGAAAUCAGAUGUGAUUUUUUUUAAAUAUAUACUUGAAAUACAAAAAACCAGUUAAUUUCAGAGCGAUUUUCAUACAAUUUUUGUUUUUCUCAAAUUCAGAAAUUUUAUCCUGAAAAAAUACUCAAUUAUCGCUCUGCGUGUUGUAAAGAAAAGAAAUGUCGAUUAUUGAAGUUAAAACUGAAGCGAAAUUUAAUAUUAAAUGUAAGGAGAAACUGUACAUAAAAAAAUGUAUAUAAACCCUAAAGAAUCGAAUUUUGUAACUGGUAUUUGUAGUUUGUUAACCAGAGAGAUUCGUUUUAUUAAUGAAGUAUACUUACGAAUUUGUAUUUAAAAAAUUUAAAUACUUCUUUUUCCCUGAUUAUUAACAGACAUAAUUAUUUAAAUGUUUAUUGUAUAUAUUUACAUUAAUAUUAAAUCUAGUCAUUAUUUCUCAACAAGAUCAUUUAAAAAGUGACUUCGAAAAUUUUGUCGAAUAUCUAAAAUUAAUUUCUAUUCAAUUAAUUUUUAAAACGAAUUUCGUUUUUAUUUAAAAAAAUGUUUAUAAUUACUAUUCUAAAUAAACAAUAGUUUAUAUAUUAAAUAAACAUUUUUUUAAAUACUCUAAACGAAAUUAAUAUUUAUUUAAUUAUAAAAAUUAUGUAAGAAUUAAAUUAUUGAAAAUUAUUUUAAAACGUGAAUAUAUUGUGAUUUUCAAAAAAACUAAAACUAUUUGUCAAUUUUUUUCCAGUUGAGAAGUUUUGACUGUUUAUUCUCUUAAAAUAAGAGAGGAAUUCACUAUUUGUUGAAAAGAAAGGAAAUGACUAAACGAAGAACUUAUUAGAAAUGAGAGUCAAUCCCUCAUCUUUAUUGUCACUCCAAGUUCGUACUCUGUAGCGAUAAAAUAUGAUUUACGCUUUACAUACAAUGUAACUUAUAUACACAUAUUUUUUAUAAGUAUUUAAUAAAAAUAACUUACGUGAA